GCGCCCUCACUGCGCCUCUCACCGUCCCCAGGACGCGAUGGCCAAGAAGGCCACGCGCAGGCGUCCGGGCGACACGGCGGACGAUAAGGUGGACGCACCUGCGGCGAGUGGACACGACAAGGUCGCAGAGCCUAAGAGCUGGCUCCUUGGCCGCACUGCUUCGUUCGUGCGCAUAUUUGUCUUCAUGAUGUUCCUAAAGUACAUGCAGACGAGCGGCCGCUCCAAGGCAGUCUACGACGCCUACCAGAGUUACUCCGAAUAUCUCCUCAGCCUCUUUCCAGAGCCCGCCAGGCCGGACCCCGCAGUCUUUCAGGAGUUUUAG